AUGGACAUCCACGCUUGCAAAAUACUGGUGAAAGCGCUCAUUCUGGCGCUAGAACUCGAAAGUCGUCUGGGAGUUCUGGCGAUGACUGCCGUCCAUCACGCCACAGUUUGGAUGGAACGCCGUGGACAAGAGGCAACAGUGAAAUCGAGAACGUCUGUUGCAGAAACUCGCAAGCAGCGCUUUGCAGAGGAAGACGCGGCGAGGCGUUCCAUCGACCUCUGCACGCGCCGUUCACGUGCACCGCACCGAAAUCGCGUGCGCGGCACGUGGGCCAGUCGUUCACAUUGA